AUGCGGUCGUGGCUCUACGGAGUUCUCAUGAUCAAUGCCAACGAAACCCUCAGUGACAGAGUCGACCUAGAAGUUCAAGCUGUCGCCACCCUCUUGCACGACCUUGGUUGGGACACAACAGAAGCGUCGCCCAUCAUCAACGCUGGCCGUCGGCUCGAAGUAGACGGGGCUUUCGCAGCGCGUGAGUUUAUACAAGAGUUCUGGCAUGAGAGGAAUGCUCAGGUGGUAUGGGAUGCGAUCGCGCUUCAUACAGAAAGGUCUGUAUCAUAUUUCAAAGACCUUGAUGUGCAGGUUGUAUCAAAAGGCAUGGCAAUGGACUUUUCAAGACCAGCUUAUGGUGUCUCGGAAGAGGAUUAUGCUGCAAUUGCCAAAGCCUUUCCGAAAAGUGAUCUCAAAGACUGUGUCAAUGACACUAUCAUCUGA